GUUGAGCGUGCAUCUACGCUCUUAUCAUUGGCCAUGGAACUCGGAAUGCGUAAUGUUCACCGUCUGUUCGUCACUGAAAUGACGAUAUCAUCAAGUGAAACUGCUUAAGGUUCUUAUCAGCACCGCAGGACGCGGGCGAUUGGAGUAAGGAGUUAAAAGGUCGCCUGCCCAUCACAUCCCCGUUGGCAACACGCACGACUUCACACUCAAUUAACAGGGGUCCGUGUAGUCGCAAUGACAUCCUCUGAAGAAGGGCUCGUGUCUCAUUAUGUGGGAGUAGCAUUCCUUGGCUGCACCUUUGUUGCCUUCCUGUAUGGUAUCACAACUGCACAGAUCUUCACCUUUUGGACCAGCAAGAUUGCGGACAAUCGGGCUCUUCGAUGGAUGGUCUUCUCUCUGUGGACUAUUGAUGGGGUCCACUGUGCAUUAGUGGCAUGGCCAGCAUAUGCUUGGGCUGUAACUAAUAGGUCCAAUAUUCUGGGUAUUCUGUUUGGGAAUGUAUGGACCAUCCGGGCCACAGUCCUCUUAACUGGAAUAUCCAAUCUAGGAGUCAGGAGUAUAUAUAUCCAUCGCAUCUGGAAACUCAGCAGCCUUAGAUAUCUUGUGGCUUUGUUGACUGUGUUCUCCUUGGUGAACUUUGCCCUAGCACUCACAGUUGCCUUUUCUUCACUUCAAGAGAGUAAUCUCAUCAAGCUGUUUCUAGCAGAAUCUCAUGCUAUCUAUGCAAGCCUGGCCUGUUUAGCUGUCUCUGAUAUGGCUGUUGCCAUCAUAGUCUGUGUACUGCUUGCACAGUACCCCAACACAUCCAUCAGGACUACAAAUGUCAUACACACUUUGAUGUUGCACAGUGUUCAAAGUGGAUUGACUACAAGCAUAGCAUCAAUGGCAUGUCUUGUGACAUAUGCAACACUCAUGCCAAACAAUGCAUGCUUUUUUGCAUUGUUCUCCAUACUACCAAAAUUGGCCCUGAACUCUAUGCUUGCUAUGCUAAAUGCGAGAACUGGUUUGAGGAUGUCACAUCAGAAUGUUAUCUACUCACCAGCCUCACCUGGGUCCUUUCCACUUGAAGACUUGAGCCAGAAUUCCUCUCAUGGUCAGAAGAGUAAUGGACAGAUCAGUAUCAACGCGAUUCACUAUCACCGGCAUAUACGGCGAGGCGUGCCCAUUGCGCAGAGCACGGAGUGAAAACAGCGAGCGUGGCAGUCGCAUUCAAAUAGUCGACUCGGUUUACUGCGUACCGAGUAGCGGGAAUGGCAUGACGUGGGCAAU